CCACGUCUACAUGCACAAGACAGCAAAAGGGGAUGCGGCUUAAAAGAAAGCUCACAGGUUUAACAAUUUAACCUAAAAAAAGUCCGCUCGCUCGUCGUCUUUUACGCGUGAACUAAAUACGAAAAGAAUGCGUGUCGUUGUUAACUUUCUUUAGCGGCCGAAAUAUUUGGACGAGUAACAGGCGCUGGUAGCCUUGUGGAACUUUCGAGCUUUUUUUUUUCCCGACUCUUUUUUAUAUUUAUUUUUUUUAAUGUUUUGACAGCGUGAAUACUGCAUCAGAUUGAAAGAUUAUACGGCGUGUUCAUAAUAGUUUGGACAAAUUGAAAAGAGAUGGCACCGAAGAAAAAAGUGCUGAAAGUGCUACUCCGUCUGCUGCUGCUGGCUGUGCUGUUGGACGCGAGUUCACAAGUUGGCACUGACAGAAAAAUAAACCCUGAGUCAUGGCUGCAACAAUAUGGUUACCUUCCCCCAGGAGACAUGCGGACGCACACCCAGCGUUCCCCACAUUCUGUCUCGUCAGCCAUCGCCGCCAUGCAGAGGUUCUACGGCCUCACUGUCACCGGCUCAUUUGACACAAACACUAUCGAGGCAAUGCAGCGACCUCGCUGUGGCGUACCAGACAAGUUUGGCGCUGAAUUGAAGACCAACCUGAGGAGAAAGCGUUACGCCAUCCAGGGCCUGAAGUGGCCCAAGAACGAAAUCACGUUUUCAAUACAGAACUACACACCAAAGGUGGGCGAGUACGAAACCCACGAGGCCAUCAGGAAGGCCUUCAAGGUGUGGGAAGGCGUUACCCCGCUGCGAUUCCGGGAGAUCCCCUACCAUUACAUACGGGAUAAGGUGGAGGAGUUUGCGGAUAUCAUGAUAUUCUUCGCUGAGGGUUUCCACGGUGACAGCAGCCCCUUUGAUGGCGAGGGAGGCUUCCUGGCUCAUGCUUAUUUCCCGGCCCAUGGCAUCGGGGGUGACACCCACUUUGAUGCAGCCGAGCCUUGGACUAUUGGAAACCGGGAUUUGCUAGGCAAUGAUGUAUUCCUGGUUGCUGUGCACGAGCUGGGUCACGCUCUCGGUAUGGAGCACUCCAGUGACCCCUCAGCCAUCAUGGCUCCCUUCUACCAGUGGAUGGACACUGAGAACUUUCAACUUCCUGAAGAUGACCUCAGAGGCAUACAGCAACUUUACGGCUCUGGAUCAGGCCCUCAGCCGCCAUUUGUGACACCCAGCACGCCAGAAGACACAACUCCCAGCUAUGUACCAGACAAGACUCGUUUUGGGCCGAACAUCUGCGAGGGACACUUCGACACCAUCGCCAUCCUCAGAGGAGAAAUGUUUGUCUUUAAGGAUAACUGGUUCUGGCGAGUGCGAAACAAUCACGUGAUGGAUGGAUACCCCAUGCCUAUUGGUCACUUCUGGAGGGGAUUGCCUCCUCUCAUCAAUGCUGCUUUUGAACGGGAGGAUGGAACUUUUGCUUUCUUUAAAGGUGACAGAUACUGGGUCUUUACUGAAUCUGUUCUCGAUGGUGGUUACCCCAAAAAGCUGAAGGAAAUGGGGACUGGUCUCCCCAAAGAUCGAAUAGACGCCGCACUUUAUUACACCCCUACUGGACAGACGUACUACUUCAGAGGAGACAAGUAUUACCGUUUUAACGAAGCAUCGCGAAGUGUUGACAGUGGUUACCCAAGGCCUGUAAGUGUUUGGCAAGGAGUGCCUGACAAUAUCAAGGCAGCUUUCAUGAGCAAAGAUCAAGCGUACACCUACUUUUACAAAGCCAACAAAUAUUGGAAGUUCAACAAUCAGAUGAUGCGCGUGGAGCCCGGAUACCCGAAGUCCGCCUUGCGAGAUUGGAUGGGCUGUCCAAACGAAGACCCCAAGACAGACGGGGGAAGAGGCGGCCACGACAAAGACAAGGAAAGGGACCACAAUGACGACGACAAGGACAGAACCCGAGACAGGGAGACGGACAAGGACAGGGAGAGGGACAGAGAAACCGAGACCAAGGUGGAGCGGGAAAAGGAAGUCGAGGAUACAGAGGUGAUCAUCAUCGAGGUGGACGAAGAAGGAAGGGGGGGAAGCGGCGGCGGGGCGGCCGCUGUGGUCAUUCCGUUGUUCCUGUUGGUGUGCGUGAUCGCAACGCUAGCGGCUCUGGUCUUUCUCCGUCGUUACGGUACUCCUCGCCGGCUCCUCUACUGCCAACGUUCCUUACUGGACAAGGUGUAGUUGGAACAAGCGAGGAAGAAAGAGAAACAAAUGGAAGGCGACUUUCUCCGCUAUCUCAUCAAAUGCGGAGAUCAAUUCAUUUUGCUCUGUCGCUCAACCACUCCGGCCUUCCAUCUGCUUCUCUGCCCUUGCGGUCACUGACGCCAGCUCACGGCUGUUUGUUUGUUUUAGCCUUUUUUCAAUGCGUUGUUGUCAAGUUGACAUCUUCUGUCAGCGUUUGCGGCCUCUUCACAGAGCUUGUUCUUGGUGUAAGCAAAUUAUGUGUUCAACCCCCUCUCUCCCUUCGCCCAAACUACCAGUAUACAGUACUUACUGUAACGCACGCACAGUUCCUUUGCACACACACACUCUCAUGCAAAAGCACAUUUUUUUUAAACCGCAGUCAUUGUGUUGGUUUAACAUUCCAGUAAAACAUAACCGAGCCAGUGUGAACCAGAAAAGGGAAAGAAACCAUCAGCAUGAGCAAUAAACUGUGUGUUUCCCCCUUUUUAUAUAAAAGAUGUUGUCAUUAUUAUUAUGACUAUUACUAUUAUUGUUGUUGACUGUGUAAUGAAUGUGUUUUUGUACAUUGUCAUUAAAAAGUCCUGCUGGACAGUGACAUACAGUUUUGAAAGUUGGCCUUAAUUUUAUAUGUGGGAAUAGUGAACACGGGUUAUUUUCUUUUGUUAUUGAAAAUUGAAUGUUUUUAUUUUAUCUUCAAAUGAAAAUAAAUCUGAAAUUUGAAAAAAUGGCUUCCAUUUUUCAUUGUACUCGUUUACCACUUUACAAUAUGGUGCUUGCUUUCCUAGUCAGGGUUCACAGCAAUGAUGAUGAUACUAGUGAUGAUGAUGAUAAUGAUCAUCUAUUUUUCUCGAACAGAUUGUAUUUGUUUCCUUGACAUUUUUGGACAUUUCCCUACAAAA